GGUAUAUUGAGUUUUAUUUAUGUUUUCUUUCUAUUUUUUUUCUAUAGCUCAGAAAUACGGAUUACCUUCUACCGCGACCUAAGAAACUAGCAUCUGCUAAUGCUCCUCCUAUCGCCGCUUUCGUGACACUGUCUGUGCGCACAAACCACUUAGAGCAGCCACUAACCACAACAACCAGCCCAACCCCAGCGCUGUCAAUCAGUAGACCCAGAAACUAUCAUAUCCAUAGAUCUUCAGCAAUAUCAAAAGACAAUGUCUUCCUCAGGGUUAAACCUUCAAAAAUAUCUAAUUCCACUUGAGGAGAUUAAUCGUGCCACCGAUAAUUUCAGUCAGCAAAGAUUUAUUGGCAGUGGCGGAUUUGGUGCAGUCUAUAAAGGACAGCUCUCUGACGGAUGGAAAAACCGUACAGUUGCAAUCAAACGCCUGGGUAAGGAUAGCCACCAAGGAGAGCCUGAGUUCCGCAAUGAGCUUGAGAUGAUUUCCAAAUUCCACCAUGAAAACAUCAUAUGUUUCAUUGGGUAUUGUGAUGAAGCGGGAGAGAUGAUUAUAGUUUAUGAGUAUGCUGUAAAUGGAAGCCUUGAUUAUCAUCUACAAGACCCAUAUAAGAUGUGUUGCAUAACAUGGAUACAACGCCUCAUGAUUUGCAUUGGGGCUGCAAGGGGACUGAAUUACCUUCACUCGGGUCUUGGGCAGCACAACAGAGUAAUACACAGAGAUGUGAAGAGUUCUAACAUAUUGUUAGAUGAAAAUUUGGUUGCAAAAGUUUGUGAUUUUGGCUUGUCAAAAUUGGGUCCUAGAAAUCAGCCAGAUACACAACUCUAUACAAGAGUUGCGGGGACCCAAUUUUACUUGGAUCCUACUUACCACGAAAGUCGUAUCCUCAGAAAAGAAUCUGACGUAUAUUCAUUUGGUGUUGUACUUUUUGAAAUACUGAGUGGAAUGUUGGUUUAUCAUGAGAGGAGCACCAGAGAUGAUGAGCGGCAAUUUCUCAUGACUUUAGUCCGACGAUACUAUAAGAAGGAGCCACACAACAUAAUUGAUCCCCAUAUAAGUGAUCAAAUUGAUAGUAGUUCUUUUCAUAUGUUCCAAGAAAUUGCAUAUCAAUGCAUUAGUUUCAACUUAAAGGAACGCCCUACGAUGGAUAAGGUCGUUGAAAGGAUUGAGGAAGCAUUAAUUACUCAAAUACAAAGUGUUCUCGAAAAACUAAACACCACCGGUCCUGAGAACAAAUCUGCUGAUGAUAUCCGCCUCCUAGCAAGAAUAAUGGAGGAUAACCGCAUCGCCAUCCGUAUUUAUACACACCAACUUAUAAUACCGAAUUCCGAAACACAGGAACAGGCAAUCAGCGCUAUUCUUAACCUCUCGAUUUAUGAAGAGAACAAAGGCAACAUAAUCUCCUGUGGGGCUGUCCCAGGGAUUGUACUUGUUCUGAAGGUAGGUAGCAUGGAAGCGCGUGAGAAUGCAGCCGCUACCAUUUCUAGCGUCUGUGUCACUGACGAAAACAGAGCAAUCAUUGGUGCUGAAGGAGCGAUCCCACCUCUCAUAUUACUGUUGAGUAAAGGUACUCAGAAUGGGAAGAAGGUCGCAAUUAUAGCUUUGUUUAAUUUAUGUAUUUAUCAGGAUAACAAAGAAAUGGUUGUGAGGGCGGGAGUAGUCCCAAUUUUGAUUGUGCUUCUUACCGAACCACAAGGUGUGUUGAAAGAGGAAGCAUUAUCUAUUCUAGCUAUACUCUCAAGCCACAUAGAAGGGUGGUUGGCUAUAGGUAAGGAAGAGGUUUUGCCUGUUUUGGUUGAGGUUAUUGGGAAUGGAUCCCCGAACAACAAAGAGAAUGCAGCUGCAGUUUUGGUGGAACUUUGUUCUGGAAGUCAAAAUUAUUUGGUCGAGGCUCAAGAACAUGGAAUCAUGGAGAAAUUGAUGGAUUUAGUACAAAAUGGUACGGAUAAGGGAAAAAGAAAAGCCAGACAGUUGCUAGAAAUGAUCGAAGACCACCAGAAGUCAAAUGAUGAUGCAUAUGUUGAAAUCACUCUGGACGUCCGUGACGACCCGGUGUCUGUAUUAAGUGUGAAGACGGCUGACAGAGCUGACAUGCAGGAUCCAGAGCUGAAUUUGUUAGCUAAACUGUUGGAAAACAGGUCUCGUGUCAAUCAAAAUAUGUUGACUAGGAUAAGGCAGGUGUCUAAAGACUGGAAACAGUUAGCCUACCGCCGGCAAUUUUAAUCGGAGGACUAAUUUAAUCGGCUGCAACUUAUGUUCUUCGAGACCCGGUUUGACGAUUUCACCAAUUCCCCCAAUGGGUUACUUCAAGGGCGGCACAUCUUGGAAUGUAUUUCUAGUUAAUCCAAAACUCUAACAGUUUCAUGUUUAUUAAUUUAUUUUAUAAUUUUAGUUCA